CGCAGGUUCUUAGUUCAGCCAGUCGUAUAGUAAAUGUCGCAGAGCGCAGCAGUGAUUUUUUUUUUGUAAUGCGCACAACCUCGUGAAUAUUUACGCCUUUUGACUGAAUUAUAACUAUCAUAAUGUCUUCGAAGGAGAAGCCAGUCGCUGAAAACUUCAAGUCUACUGCUGACUUAACAAGCAAUGUAGGAUUCCAGUCGUCUCUGAGCAUCGAGUCAAAGGAUGCUUGUCAGGAGAAGGCUUACAAUCCAUUCGAGCAUAGACAGGUGGAACAUCCUACAACUACAUUUGGCGCCAUAGCACAUAUCUUGAAAGCAUGCAUAGGAACAGGAGUGUUGGCUAUGCCUGCAGCAUUCAAGAACUCAGGGCUCGUCGCAGGAGUUAUAGGAACGUUAUUCGCUGGACUGGUCUGCACACAUACAGUACAGCUUGUGGUUUCAAUAUCGCAAAAGGUUUGCGCCGAAGCUAAAAAGCCUUCGAUGAGUUUUGCGGAGACUUGCGGCGCGGCGUUCGAAUUUGGACCUAAAAAACUUCGCCCGUGGAGCUCCUUUGUUAAGACAUUGAUUGAUUACUCUAUAGCGGUUACUUACAUUAGUGUUUUAUGCGUCUAUGUGGUUUUCAUCGGUUCAUCGUUGAAAGAGGUCGUUGACUUCUACUUUCCAUCUGUAACUAUUUCUAUUCAGAUGUACUGUGUUUUAACGCUAGUACCUUUAGCAUUGCUGUGUCAGAUACGGAAUCUCAAGUACCUGGUACCAUUCUCAACGAUAGCUAACAUCUUAUUGUUAGGUGUAUUUGGUAUCACACUCUACUUUGUCUUCUUAGACCUACCACCGAUCACAGAUAGAGAAAUGGUAGCUAGCAUUACCACCUGGCCCCUGUUUAUGAGUACCGUCAUCUUCGCUAUGGAAGGUAUAGGCGUCGUAAUGCCAGUUGAGAAUGAAAUGAAAAACCCUCAGCGAUUCUUGGGCUGUCCUGGAGUAUGGAACACAUCUAUGGUUAUUGUAAUCAGUCUAUUUGGAGUUGUUGGUUUCUUUGGUUACGUCCAAUACGGUGAUGCAGCCAAAGGCAGUGUUACCCUGAACUUGCCUGAGGAUCAUGUGAUUGCUCAAGCCACAAAAGUACUAAUGGCGGUGGUAAUAUACUUUUCAUUCGCUCUGCAAUUCUACGUGCCAAUGGAGUUCAUAAACAGAUUACUGAAGAGCCGACAGUCCAAUAAAUUUGAGAAUAUUAUUCAGAUUAGUAUUAGAACGGUCAUCGUGACUACAGUUGUUGCAAUUGCCGCCGCGUUCCCCAAUUUGGAACUUGUGAUCAGCUUCGUUGGAGCUAUCUUCUUUUCAUCCCUCGGCCUCCUGAUUCCAGCAUCUAUCGACACUGUUUACAACUGGGACCGUGGGUUUGGUUUCCUUAAAUAUAGGUUGAUCAAAAACCUACUUAUUUGUAUCAUCUCCAUAGUGGCCUUGAUUUCUGGGGCUUAUGUAUCCGUUGUUGGAAUGAUUGAAGAUUUUUCUAAGGAACCGGAACAUGUUAAUAGCACUUUUGUUUAAUUGCCAUAAUAACUAGACCAUAAUGUAGUUAAGUAACGAACAAAGUACACAAAAACUGACGAGAAUUUAUUAUUGUGAUAUUUUUACGUAAGUCAACAAAGUCAGUGAAUUUACUAUUUAAAUUAUUUUGUAUUAUUGGUGAAAUAAGUCGCUGACACUGACAAGGAGUACAUUUCUGUGGUUUUGACAUUACCCUUAUAAGUUCAGUCUAUACUAAUAAUCAUAAUUAUUUAUUUCAUUUCUUACAAAUUGUUAUCAAUACUUCGCAUAAAAGUAGGCGUAUUUAAUUGAUGAAGAAUUCUACUCAUUAAUAAUUGAGUUUCUUAGAGCAGCGGCGGCCUCAGAGGGUUGCAGGGUAAUCGCCUGGGGCCUCGUUCUUGCAGAGGUCUAGCGCAACAAUCCAAGCAAAUUAAAAAAAUCGUUUUUUUUACUUUAUUUUUAUUGAAAACUUUUGUAUUUGAUCCUUAAAUACUUAUAAAGUUAAAACAAAACGGUAAAUUAAAAUAAAGUUAGUUGACUAAUUUAUUCACUCAUAACAUAAUUGAAAAAAUCAUUAUGUAGUUACGUGUUAAAUACCUAAAGCAAACAUCCAGAUAUACUUUCGCAUCACAAAUUUUCACUAAGGACAAAUGGCCUCGUAAAGAGCUGCCGUUCGAAACUUCGCAAUGGAUAAGGCCGCCUCUGACUUAGACAAUAGUAUAUGUUAAAUAUACGUAAACGUAUAUUUAACAUAUGCUGUAACAGUAAGACAAACAUACCUAUAUUAAAAAUAGGUACCGAUUUACUGAAAUGCAUGCAAUAAUUUCAAUAUUAAAAUUUAUUCUAUAGUGCUAAAAUUACUGCAGAAUUCCAUUAAUGAAAAUGUUAUAUCGUACUAUUUAAAUAAUUGAAUUUAGAGCUUCAAAUAAUUGUUUCAGUUGUUCUCAUUAAAUUUUAGUUGUGGAUCACAUAAUCGAUGAAAUAUGUUUUGAGUUUUCAUAAUUAUAAUAGACUUUGUAUCAACAAAGGUGGCUCAUUAACAAUAAACUAGUCAGACAUUUUAUAACAAUAUGUUACCUUUUCAUUUCGUUCAUACAUUGAUCAUUAUGUAAUUUUGUAAAUAAAUGUGUAAAUAAGUUUAAAUAAAUUAUAAAAAUUAA